UACUAGAAACUGGUUCUGUAGUUAUAGACAGUGACAAUGAACGAACCUAGUGAAGUUAAGUGCACAAAAACGAACUUUUCUCUGAUCAUUUGGAGAGUUUGCAAUGUAUGCAUGUCAUUGUUCUUUGCUCUAGCAAGUUAUGUGCAGAUUAACGAUCCGGAUGCAGUGUUAUGGAUGGUUGCCUAUGCUAUUCCAGCAAAUCUGUGUUUAUUGAUUGCCAUUAAACCACAUGUAACAGAGACACUACUUUGGAGGAGAAUUGCUAAACUUCAUGUGCUCAUUUCGACUGCUGUUGUUUCCAUGAUGGGAUGGACUCUGUAUAAAGAGCGCAUCAUAAAUAUCUUCCAGCAAGAGGAGGGAAGGGAAUUCUCUGGUCUCAUGUUGACACUUGUCUGGCUUCUCCUGUGUCAACACUCUGGAAGUUCUAUUGGGGCUCUCAGACUGUCUGUUGCUGUUGCCAUCACAAUCUUCCCCUUUGUGGCCUGGCUGUACUACUACAUUAACAAGGAGCUGAGGACCAGCUGGCCCCCGCAUUGUAAAGCUGCACUGUAGAUAUCCAUUCAUUAAGAUAGUCCAGUGAUGAGUGAGCAACAUAUCUGCGGGUUGGAACAUUUACAAGAGGAUAUGACCUAGCUACAGAGGCAGUAUGGAAAUCAUGAAUGCAUUGUUUAAAAAGACACAUGUAAAAAAAACACCCCUACUAAAACCAUACAUCUAAAUAAGUGACAAUGUCAUCAAUUAGAAUGUAUAUGAUUGAUACAUUUUCCUUUUUUUUUACUGGAAUCAUACUUUUCUCUUUCUGAACAUGUUUGUUGUUGUAGGCAACCCAUUGCACUUGUGGUGAUAUCUGGUUUAAUCACAGUAAAAUAAAGCAAUUUAAUAAGAAAUAUAAAUGGCUUUUUAUUAUUAUUUUUGCAUCAGAAAUCGAAAUUGAAAGAAAUGCAUGUACUGUAGCCUACUCAAUGCUCCAAAUAAUUAGGUAUUUUAAUUUAGCACCACUGCACCUCAAUAGCUACAGGAUAUGUGCUUUAAAAGUAAUGUAGGCUAU